AUGGCUCGUGGAAACGAUACCGCCUCCAAGGUCUUCUACAAGGGCAAGUCCGAGGAUUUCAUUGUCUUCGUUGAUGACCUCGAGAUCCUGAAGAAGUGGAGAAAUGAUCGCAGCAUCCCGCUCUCUGAUGUCGUGAAUGGCUGGAAGAUCUUCGUCACACACCGUCACGGUGCCCAGGGUAUCAUGGACGGUGCCUCCAAGGCCACCCUGGAGGACGAGUUCGGCUCCCACAGAGAAGAGGACUGCAUGACCAAGAUCCUGGAAAGUGGUGAACACCAGGCUGUUACAGCCCGCGAGCGUGAGGGAGGCAAGAAUGACUCCCGGUAA